AUGUCUCUACACUCAGCAGUAACCACCUCCGAAGAAGUCACUGACUUCGUGGUUCACAAAGCCAAUGGCUUGAAAGGGCUGGUAGAUUCAGGCCUCGCCACAACCCUGCCUCCGCAGUACAUCCAGCCGCUGGCUGAGAGGCUCGAAUCGAUCAAGAUCUCCACAUCAGCUUCGAUACCCAUCAUCGACGUGUCGAACUUGGACGACCCAAGCGUCCAAGAUUCGAUCUUUGAGGCCGCCAGCAAGUGGGGUUUCUUCCAGAUCGUCAACCACGGCAUUCCCUCCCAAGUUCUGGCCAAAGUCAUAGACGCAGCUCAUGGGUUCUACGGGCAGAGCAGCUCCCUUUCCGUUUCCGACACCGUUUUCUACGGCACCAGCUUCAGCCCCCAGGCGGAGCAAGUGCUGGAGUGGAAGGAUUUCUUGAUGUUUCAGGAUCAAGUGCUGGACUACGUGAGAAGCUCUGAGCCAGUGAUGAAGAAGCUGGUGGAGGUGCUGCUAAAGAAGAUCGGCGUGAAUGAGAUGAACAAAGAAAGAGAGCGUUGCUUGAUGGGUUUACCAAGG